AUGAGUACAUGGGAUCUGGGCCUUCAUGAGCUUCAAUGCAUCCUGACAACUGGGCAGGUUAGUGGGGUGCAUGGCAGCAGGAGCCCUUACCUGCCUUUGCCCUCCAUCUUCAACACUCGAUGCUCUUUGAUCACUGCCAUUGAUUGCUAUCACUCGAAGGUUGAUUCAGUUCCAUCAGAUGGGUCUGCCAUUCUUGAGCUGAUCAUUGGUCCCCUCAUCAGUAAACCACUUUGUGAGCUGGUAGUCCUAGGGAAUCUGUCCAGUGCUGGACAGCUCUGGGCAGCUCUGGCCAGCAAAAAUGAUUUACUGAUGCUUCAAGACUUUCAAGACUGGGAGUUGGGCACUGCCCUAUGUCAACUGGCUUUCUACAUCAUCACACUCCUCAACCUCCCAACAAGUCUUCUGCCAUGUUCCAAAACCAUGCAGGUGCUUGAACUGUGGCCACUUCUUGCUCCUGCAGGGAGACAAUGUACACUUGGCAAGCUUGCUACUGAGAACUUUGGCACAUGUGGUGGUGGAGCAGGCACUCAGUUGCUCACUGUGGGCUUUAAUGCCAGUAUGUGGAUGUAUUCAUUGCUUAACAUGUUUUUGUGGCGCCAAGCUGGCACAGGACAGUCACAUGAAAUACAAAUGAUUUUCCAUCGCCUUUCUUCCAUCUCUCAGGUGCCCCUCAACCCAUACUUCAUUUUUGAUGGGCCAGACUGCCCUCAGCUCAAGAGGGGAAAAGACAUUGUGUGCCCAUGCUAUCCACCCCUCCUUGUGCAGUGCUUUCAAGAGCUGUUGAUGGCAUUUGGUUUCAGCUGGCACAUGGCUCCAGGGGAGGCAGAGGUGGAACUUGCCUGCCUCCAGUCAUGCACCCUCAUCAACAUCAUGGUGAUGCCAUACAACAAUGUGCUGCUGUUUGGUGUGACUUGCAUCAUUUGCAGCCUCAAGUGGGGCAACCUCCUCCUUGUUAUGCUGAUGAGUAGUGUAGAUAGUGAGACCCUCUUCCAAGCCACUAUCAUGUUUCAGUUCAAGGAGUUUAUGGAGUUUGUUGCCAGGUGGUGUGACAACAUCUGUGAGGUACUACAAAUGGAUCCUCAACACCUCCUCAGACAUAGGCACCAUGAGCUUGCCCAUAUCAUUGUGGAGGAACACAUUGAGUUCCCUGACCCUGUGAUCUUAGUGAUGUAUCUGUUACCUCUUACCUCAUGGUCAGAGGGUUGCCAUCCCCCCAUUGCCAUUGUGAGGUCUUGUCAGCCUGAUCUUGCAUUGCUGGCAGAGUUCUGUUUGCAGCACCUUGGCUGGUUGCCAGAUACCAUCCAGUCCAGAUUGAUGGGUGCUUGUGCCGGUGCAGCCAUGUGCACACUUCUGCAGCUGCCAGGGAAUGUUGAUAGUGGUGCAGAUGCACUGCAUCUCGAAGCUGGAGUCAUUGGUCUCAUGGAUGAGGACUAA